ACCGAAAUUAUACCAAUCACCUUCUUCUUCCCUUUUCAAGUCUUUGCCCAUUCUCAAAGCCCUAGCACUUUCAGACAUGAACAAGUCCGUGAGAAUUCUCUUCCUUUUCAUCACUAUACUUGCAGUUUCCGCCAUUACUCUUUCCAAAGCAGAAGACGAAUCCAACUCUUUAGGUGGCUUUACAAGUCGCUUCCUAGCUGGUAUACCCUAUGGGAGCACAACCAGCUGCAAGAGAAACCCUAAGGUUUGUCUUGUGGAAGGAAGCGCAGGUCCAGAUUGCUGCAACAACAAGUGUGUGAAUCUGGAGAUAGAUUCAUCCAACUGUGGCAGAUGUGGAAAGAAAUGUGGCCACCAGAAGAUAUGCUGCGAAGGAAAGUGUGUGAACCCCAUGAACAACGAGAAGCACUGUGGCAAAUGUGGUAACAAGUGUGACGAAACCAGCUCCUGCUUGUAUGGGAUGUGCAGCUAUGCUUGAACAUAGAUUCGUUGAAUAAUGAUGAUAAUGAUGGUUAUAAUAAUUAUAAUAAAUGGCAGCCAUCGACCUGUUAGCUUGGUUUAUGAGUGCUGCCAAUAAUGGUUAUUUAAUUUGUUGUUUUCUUCAUUUGUUGUUAUCAUGGAGAUAUAUAUAUGGUACGGUCAUGCAUAUGUAAGCAUGAUGACUAUGAAUAAAUAAAUAAAUCAGUAUUUUAUUAGAUUAA